GAGGGGGAAAGUGAGGGAGGUGGGAGUUCAUGGAUCUGCCGGACCUGCUCUCUGUAUGUAUGACAGGGACAGAUUAAGGAUGACAGAAGACAUGACUGUUUGAUUCUGUGAGUGGACUGGUCUGAGACAUGUAUGUUUGUAGGAGUGUGUUUAACUUUUCACAUGGAGUGUUUCUUCCCCAUUUCUCUGCUUUCUGCCCUGCCUUCCAUCGUGUUCCAGCAGUCGCCAUCCUGGGGCAUUUACUGUUCGGCAUGCUCCAUCUCCCUGCCAGGACAGCGUCUCUUUCCCUCUCUGUCUGUCCUCCCUUGGCCCUUUAGCUGCUGGUUAACACAGGCUCUGAGGAGACAGUUGAAGUGCGUAAUCCUCGCCGCCUCCUCACUUCCCAGCAUUCCUUACCCGGGAUCCCAGUGGCCUUGAAACAAUCCAUUGACCUGCGCACCUCCAUGGACGGAAAAUACAAAGAGAUAGCCGAGGAGCUUUUCUCCCGCAGCCUUGCAGAGAGCGAGAUGCGGAGCGCUCCCUAUGAGUUUCCUGAGGACAGCCCCAUCGAGCAGCUGGAGGAGAAGCGGCAUCGGCUUGAGCGACAGAUCAGCCAGGAUGUCAAGUUUGAACCUGACAUCCUCCUGCGAGCCAAACAGGACUUUAUGAAGACCGACAGCGCCACAGAUCUUGAAUUCAUGAAAGAGCAGAGCCAAGCUCCAGACCAGCUGGACAGAGACUUGAUUACUGAGAGUGAGUACCAGAGAGUCACUAUUUCUGGAGAGGAGAAAUGUGGGGUUCCAUUCACAGACCUGUUGGAUGCUGCCAAAUGUGUGGUGAAGGCUCUGUUCAUCAGGGAAAAGUACAUGAGUCUGUCGCUGCAGAGCUUCUGCAGGACCACGGCCCGUUACCUGCAGGAGCUGAGCAAGAGGCCGUUGGAUUUAGACAUCUACGAGGAGGAGAUCUCAGAGACAUCAGACAACGCAGAUGCCACCGUGCACCCACCUGCUUCUGACAAGCACCCGUACGAGAACCAGGACCCCGCCAGCAUGCCUCCUGAUGUGGGCUACGGCUGUAAGAUGGUAAACGGUGUCAUGCACAUCUACACAACAAGGGCCAUUAUGGAAAAGAGCACAGAGCUGGACCUGCCGUACCCAGACCUGCAGGAGUACAUUGCUGACAUGAACGUCAUGAUGGCCCUCAUUAUUAACGGACCGGUAAAGUCCUUCUGCUACCGUCGGCUGCAGUAUCUCAGCUCCAAAUUUCAGAUGCACAUUUUGCUGAACGAAAUGAAGGAGCUGGCGGCGCAGAAGAAAGUCCCGCAUCGAGACUUUUAUAAUAUUCGGAAGGUUGACACACACAUUCACGCUUCGGCUUGCAUGAACCAAAAGCACCUUCUACGUUUUAUUAAAAGAGCCAUGAAGAAGAAUUCUAAGGAGAUUGUGCACAUGGACGGGGGCAAAGGUCAGACGCUCAUGGAGGUAUUUGAGAGUAUGAACCUGACGGCCUUUGACCUAAGUGUUGACACUCUGGAUAUGCACGCUGACCGUAACACAUUCCAUAGAUUUGACAAAUUCAACGCUAAAUACAAUCCCAUCGGUGAAUCCAUCCUGAGAGAGAUCUUUAUUAAAACAGACAACUUCAUUGAGGGGAAGUACUUCGGACACAUAGUAAAGGAGGUGAUGGCUGACCUGGAGGAGAGCAAGUACCAGAACGUGGAGCUCAGGUUGUCCAUCUACGGGCGCUCCAGGAACGAGUGGGACAAACUGGCCAAGUGGGCCGUCUCACAUCAGGUCUACUCCGACAACGUGCGCUGGCUCAUACAAGUGCCACGCCUCUUUGAUGUCUACCACACAAAAAGACAACUGUCCAACUUCCAGGAAAUGUUGGAGAACGUCUUUAUGCCUCUGUUUGAGGUUACUAUCAACCCUGGAAGCCACCCGGAGCUGCACCUCUUCCUUCAACAUGUUGUUGGUUUUGACAGCGUGGACGAUGAGUCGAAGCCAGAGCUGCACAUCUUUAACAUGGACAGCCCACUGCCGGCCAACUGGGCAGAAGAGGACAACCCGCCCUAUUCGUACUACCUCUACUAUAUGUAUGCAAACAUGACUGUGUUGAAUCAUCUGCGUAGGCAGCGUGGGUUUAACACACUCGUUCUGCGUCCUCACUGUGGAGAGGCGGGGCCAAUCCAUCACCUGGUGUCUGGUUUUAUGUUGUCAGAGAACAUCUCCCAUGGGCUGCUACUCAGAAAGGCUCCUGUGCUGCAGUAUCUGUACUACCUGGCUCAGAUAGGUAUCGCCAUGUCUCCUCUCAGCAAUAACAGCCUGUUCCUCAGCUACCAUCGCAACCCUUUGCCAGAAUAUCUGUCCAGAGGACUCAUGGUCUCUCUGUCCACAGACGACCCUCUGCAGUUUCACUUCACCAAGGAGCCACUGAUGGAGGAGUACAGCAUCGCAGCUCAGGUGUGGAAACUGAGCUCCUGUGACAUGUGUGAAUUAGCCAGAAACAGUGUGCUAAUGAGUGGAUUCUCUCACAAGGCAAAGAGUUACUGGCUUGGACCAAACUACAUCAAAGAAGGACAGGAGAGCAACGACAUCAGGCGCACCAACGUCCCUGACAUCCGCGUGGCCUACCGCUACGAGACCAUGUGCGAGGAGCUGAAUCUAAUCACGCAGGCCAUUCGCACGGACGAGCUGGAGACCAUCGAGGAGGAGGGGGCUCUGUGUAUGGGAGCGGUGCAGGCAGAGAAGUGAAUGUGCAGCACAACACAAACGGCUCACCACGGUCUCUGUUUUCACGUCAGGACAUCAGCCAUAUUUGCACAUGAACACCACACUUCUGAAAGGAGAAAAGCUUUUAUUAUGGGAUCAUUUUGAGAGGUGCUACAGAGAUGACCCACACUCUGUACCUGGUGUUUUUAUUCAUUUAGUUUCAAAUAAUUAAUUUUUCAUACCGACUUCCCUGUGUCUSUUGAACGUUUGUAUUUUUUACAUUCUGUUACCAUAUUCUGUCAGUAUUUCUAUAUCAUUACUGCGGUUCCCACACCACAUCUUGGCUAAUAUUUGCAUUAAAAAAUGAUAAUCAUGCACUGGAUUUGACAUAAACUGAUAAAAGAAACUAAUUUUGAGAAAGAAGGAUUAAGUACAAGGAGUGCAAGCACUGAGGUCCCUUUCCUGCAAUUUAGAGACUUUAUGAGUCAAUUUAAUAAAAAGAUAAAUUCAAUUGCAGUAGGUUCAUUACCCAACUGUUAAAACUUUAUUUUAACUUAACACAUUUUACUUUAUUACUAAUUUGCCUGUACAAGAAUGUGCCAAUUAAAUAAAUAAAUAAAUAAAAAAUCUUUAAUGUACAAAUCUUUCAGGAUCAAUUCAAGCAUGUUUAUUUUAUAUCCCAAAAGAAAAAAACUGUCAGGUUUUUACACAUUCCUAAAGAUUCAGUAUUACUUAUCACAAAUAAUUCAGUAUCGAUGUAAAACUAAAACAAAAUCUCAUUUAUUUAUUAGGUUUGUUCAACUGUAAAACCUAAUCCGRCCAACCAAAACCCAAAGGUUUAUUUAUUUAUCUAUUUAUUUUCUUACAUUUUCUUACAUUUUUUGCUUGUUUCUAAUAAAAAUGACAUAAUAAUAUAUUGCAUUUCAGAUUUGUUUUGGUUGUGACGUCACACAUUUUCACUUUGUAGGAGUAGAAACAUCACUCUUGUAGAAAAUUGUACUUCAGAGAAAAACAGCCUUCAUUUAAAUAACGGACAAACCUGUUCCAGUAUCAGGAACCUACUGCAUAUGUUAAAUUUGAGAACCAAUCAGAUUUGUACAAAGAGAAAUUCUUGGAACUCAGUUGAUAUUUUGCAUCUUCAAAAUAUAUUAAUUUACUUACAUUUUUUAUUUCAAAAUUGCAUCUUUAUGCAAUAAAUUUUUUGACUCAGUUAUAAAAGAGAGAAAACACAAUUCUGUCACAAAAUUUUAGCCAAAUGAUGGCUUUAAAUGUUGCAGAAUGUUUUUUAAAACAAUCCUGGGGGAGAAUCAGUUUCAUGUGUUACAGGGAGGGUUAGGGUUGGGAUGAACACUGGCGUCAGCACUGCUCUGGGUCCGGCUCUAUCAUUUAACAGAUAAGCAGGUAAAUGUGUAAUGUGUGUAAAAGUAAAUGUGGGCUCGCAGUCAAAAUACAAUCUUUUAUUACUGUGACUUAUGUUUGAUUUACAGCAGGAAAAAAAAUAAAUUCUUAGCAAUUUUGCUAUUUUUUAUGUGUUUUUCAGUUUUGACAGUGAUUCAGUGAGGUUGCAUGAGGGCACGUUAAUAUUUGCUUGUUGUGUGCAGCGAUACACAUGGCGUUGUGUGGUAUCAUACUAACUUUCUGACAUUAUUCUUUACAUUGCAGAUUUAAACUCUUCAGCAUGUGUCAUUGGCUGACAUAUAAAAAAAGACAGGCUUGAGUCUAUGAAUAGUGCAUGAUGACUUCUUCCUUCAACUUUUACUCCUUGCACAAUUCAAUAAGUCACAAAUCCAAAAAUAAACGAUACCUUACACGGUUGGGCUCUUUUGAAACUCUUCCUUUUGCUAAAGGUCCUGGUGUUGUUAAAAGGGCUGCUUCUGUUUAAUGUUCAGACGCACUGUGCUCUAACAAAUGUAUGAGAUGUUUGUGAAAUAUUAUUUAUUGUCAUUUGUGUCUGUUAAAAAUAAAAAUAUAUUCAUGUUA